AUGGGCGAUGCGGAGGUUAUUGCUGAGCUGGAGCGACUGCAUAUCGAGAUUGACGCGGCAAAGGCGGAUGCGCGCGCCAUUGGAUAUACGCUGGACUCGUUCAGCCCGCACCCACUGAAGGCAAUCGAGGGAAUACAGGCCCAGGUGGAGGAGCAGGCUAAGCUGCAGACCGAGCACUAUGAGCUGCAGCGUCGCUUGGAGCAGCCGUGCUCUGCUGGCGACGUGGAUGCGCGUCUGGAGGAGCUGAGGGAGUGGGAGAAGCGGCUGGCAAUUGAGCAGGAGGUUUGGAACGAGGUGCUGCCGCUUGUCGUGGCCUCGCGGGAGGCCGCACCAAGCCGGACAACAAAAGCCACGAAGGCGAAAGGGACGCCGACGAGAGGAAAGGCUGGCGCUUCCUCUCUACGGACUCCGACAAGACGUGAUUCUCCAGCUCGACGACCAAACUCCUCUCGCCACCACGAUCCGCCCUCGGAGUCUGCAGCUGAGGAAACACCUGCCGCCAGCGCAUUGACUGAGCGUCCGCGAAGUCCUCAAACACCGCAGAAGGCAAGGAAGAUGACCCCGCCGACUCAGAGCAUGGAGUUCCCUGAGUUGCUCCACUGCUCUCCUUUGAGUCGGAAUAUUGCGCCGGCGCCGGAGCAUAUUGCCCCCGCUGAAGCGCCUCCGCAUAUCGAGGUGGUCAUCCCCGCAGAGCAUUUUGCUAUGCUGGAUGAACCCUGCGAGGACACGGAGCAGGCGACGCUUGAAAUGCGUGAUGCGCCACCAGCAAGCAUCAAAAUGAAGACUACUCCCCGACCCAGCGACGUGCCUCCCCAGACUCCAUCUGUGAAUGCCAGUGCGGUACUAGCUCCGACAACACCCAUGGAGCCCCCAGGGGCCCUCGUAUCGCCCCUGCGCAACCUCCGGUUUCGGAAAAUCUUUCCUGGCACUGGCGAAUCCGCAGCGCUCAACCUGGCCCCAACCGAUGCAAAGACCCCUUCGGAAGAGCGGCUGCCAUACAAAUGGGUUGACGGCAAGAAAGUGUUUCUGCGUGACAUAUGGGCGCCGUGCGCGUCGAGGGGGCCAUAUUGGUCAUGGCGUCCAUCGCAGCCAUACUUCUGGUUCAAGAACGAAAAGAUAUACUAUCCCGGGCAGGAGAGCUCGCCGCCGCGGCCGCGCUCUAUGCGUCCCCGUCAGACGACUUACCAACCGUACGUCAGCUACGAGGACCCCAAGCAUCAUCCAUAUGGUGAUGCCAAUCUCGGUCUGAGCGUCCCCGUGUCGGCGCCGGCCCGUCGCCCGUGGGAGCUCCGGCGGCAACUCGGCGUCGAUGCAAAUGCAAAUCCGAGUGCAAAAGUUCGGACAAUACAAACCGCGGAGGCCCGGGUGGCCUCAAUAUCACCUUUGGGCCAGAAAAUCCUUCCUGUGACUGCCAAACCCGUGUCGUCCAAUUCAAACCCAGCCCCGGCGGUCCUAGUAUCGGCCUUGCACAACCUCCAAGUUCGCAGAAUCGGUCCCGCCACUGCUGAAUCCGGGACUCCGAAUUCUGCCGCAGUCAACUUGAAUCCAAAACCAAAUGCCCGUUGGGAGGAGGGGCAGCUGUAUCAAUGGGUUGACGGCAAGCUUAAGAAGGUAUUUCUACCUGGCGUGGGUGAACCGAGAGGCGCCGAUGACAAAACUUCCUACACAGAGCGGAAGAGCGCCAGUAUGCUGUCGCGGCCUGAAGUAUCGGGGGAAGGAUCCAACGGGCGCCUGAUACGACAGCGUCCGGGGUAG